GAUGUUAUUGUGCGAAACACGUCCGCGAAUAGAAAGGAAAGAAAUAAAAGGAGAAAAAAGUUCAAGUACUUGACGUACAGCAUGAGAAACUCGUUUAGUGUGCGCCAGUAUUCCGCCGUCAGUGGAGCGGUCAAAUAAUAUUUGAGGAAUUGUUGGCGGUUGGAAAUUCACCGGUCGAAGGGGAUAAAGUGAAAGCAAGUGUGGGGAAUUGGGAUUGCAUGAGGCUUUUGGUGUUUCGCAAUACAAGUUGUUUGGGUAAUUGACGGGUUUGGUGUUGCCAAUUGUUGAGAUGACAACUAUCAAUGAGGAUCUGCAGCGGGAGAGGGACAAUUGUACGUUUGAUCCGGAGGAGCUGACGCAUACGCUCGAUGGGGGUCCUGAGAAGACUGCGGCACGCAGGGAAAGAGAGCAAUACUUUCUGAAUGAUCCUGAGCUGCAGGAUGACGUACCUGCGACGUACAAGAGCCACAAAGAGGUGUACGAGGAUGCCGUCAGGAGGGCAUGUAUUCUCCUAAAGAAAGUGCAACAGUUGCAGGAUUUGGGAAAGGGGGAGAUCGAUAUGUACUCACAAGUGCUGGGGGGCAUGCUGGGCAGUGGAAUUUGCAAAGAUGGUAACCCAUUAGCUCUACAUUACGUCAUGUUUAUACCGGCUAUUAUGGGGCAGGGUACCGUUGAGCAGCAGGGCUACUGGAUCUCUCGGGCAUGGGCAUGCAAUAUCAUUGGAACUUACGCACAGACAGAACUGGGACAUGGAACAUUCAUUAGGGGAUUGGAAACAACAGCUGUUUAUGACCCAGAGACUAAAGAAUUUGUUCUCAACAGCCCGACUAGAACUUCGUACAAAUGGUGGCCCGGAGGAUUGGGACAAACAGCGAAUUAUGCUAUCGUUGUAGCUCAGCUUUACACUCAAGGUGAAUGUAAGGGGAUUCACCCUUUCAUUGUCCAACUGAGAGAUGAAGAGACUCACGAACCGAUUCCAGGAAUAAAAAUAGGCGAAAUUGGAACAAAAUUAGGCAUGAAUGGCACAAACAAUGGCUUUCUCGGCUUUGAUAACGUCCGAAUUCCCCGUGACCAUAUGCUAAUGAAGAAUUCCCAAGUCCUCGAGGACGGCACAUACAUCAAGCCCAAGACUGAUAAGCUUACAUAUGGAACGAUGAUGUUUGUCAGAGUUGUAUUAGUUACAGAUAUUGCGAGAUAUUUAUCCAAAGCGGUUACAAUUGCCGUCAGAUACAGUGCGGUUAGACGUCAGAGUCAGAUAAAAGCCGACCAACCCGAGUGUCAAAUCAUCGACUUUGUAACUCAACAGUAUAAACUAUUUCCACAUUUAGCUGCAUGUUUGUCAUUCUCAUUGUCAGCAGAAUGGAUCUGGCAGAUGUAUAAUAGUGUGUCUGCUGAACUAUAUCAGGGAGAAUUGGAGAGACUUCCAGAGUUGCACGCGCUAGCAUGUUGCCUGAAAGCCGUGGCCUCCUCGGACGCAGCCAAUGGAGUGGAACAACUGCGACUAUCGUGCGGUGGUCACGGUUACAUGACAGCGAGUAAUUUGCCAGCGACUUAUGGCCUGCUAACAGCGGUAUGUACUUACGAGGGUGAGAAUACUGUAUUAUUACUGCAAACAGCUCGCUACCUGGUGAAAGCCUACAGGCAAGCAGUGAGUGGUAACACCCUCACUCCGACAGUCGAUUACCUGUCGAUAUUAUGGAAAGGGGGUAAACAGAGGCCCUGGAAGAAUACCCUGACGUGCAUCGUGACAGGGCACCAGGCAGUGGCAGCUGGCAAGAUAAAACUGGCAACUGACAACAUGGACCGGAGGAUCAGGGCUGGGGAGUGCCCCGAGGACGCCUGGAAUCACACGAGCAUCGAGCUGGCUCAGGCUGCUGAGUCACACUGUCGAGUCUUCAUGGUCUCGCGGUUUGUCGAGUGGAUCAAGUCCAGGGAGAACGUCUCGAAGGAGCUUUUAGAUGUCCUCAAGCAACUCUGCGAGCUCUACGCUAUCUACUGGGUCCUCCAGAGGGUUGGGGACUUUCUCAGGUUCUCGUGUCUGAGGUCUCAGGAUGUACCAGUUCUCGAGAAACGUCUGCAGGAGCUUCUUGGGGAAAUUAGGGUCAAUGCUGUGGGCAUUGUCGAUGGCUUCGACAUCAGUGACGAGGUGCUGGGCUCUGCGCUUGGGGCUUAUGAUGGAAAUGUCUAUGAGAGACUCUAUCAGGAGGCCAUGAAGAGCCCGUUGAAUAAGGAGACUGUUAACAAGUCUUUUCAUCUGUAUUUGAAACCUCUACUCAAGAGUAAUUUGUAGGCAUUUUAUUGGACAGGGGGGGGGAGGUAAGAAGGAUUUGAGAAUUUUGGCGAAUGAAAGGGGCGAGUGAAACUCUUCGGGUCGUACUUGUCAUGUUAUCAAUAUGAUAGUCAUGUUAAUUAUUGAAUUAUUCUGGGAUUGGGGGAUUUCAGGGAAAAAGAACAAAUGGACUUUGAGAUUUUUCUCUAGAAUCAGUCGUCCUGGGAAUGAUUUCGUGAUAAUUGGAGUAAGAUGCAUUAAUUCAUGUUUAAGUAUUCCAGGGCAUAUACAUUUUCAUUCUUGCCAAAUUUUACAAUUUUCUGGCAUUUAUCUCUGGGGCAAUUUGACGAGAAGUCACAUCAACAUGAAAUACUUCAUGCUGCACUCCGUACUCCAGUGCAAUCGAUCAUUGUGCCUUUAUGAUAUUUUUAUGAAUGGAAUUAUAUUUUUGAUUGAGAAUUUUGAAUUGUUAGAAGAGUUUACAUUUUCUUACGGUGAGGUGUUCCUUGAUAGUAAAAUUUAAUACUCGUUAAGUAGAGUAGUGAGAAAUGUUUACGAUACUGUUGAUGAGAGGAUAUAUUUUCAAUAAAAUUAUGCUUCAAUCGUA